UGGACAACUCCUUAGCCAUUCUGGAGAUGGACUUGCUUUCCGGGACCUACCUCUUGGCAGUCUUAUUUGCCUGCAUCGUGUUCCAAUCUGGUGCUCAGGAGAAGAAUUACACAGUGCGGGAGGAGCUGCCGGAAAAUGUCCUUAUUGGCAAUUUGCUUAAGGACCUCAACCUGACUUUGGAUCCCGAUGUGCCCCUUUCAUCGCCUCUCCAGUUCAAGCUCGUGUACAAGACUGGGGAUGUGCCGCUGGUCCGUGUGGAGGAGAAUACUGGAGAAAUAUUCACCACUGCCAACCGCAUUGAUCGGGAAAAGCUUUGCUCUGGCAUUUUUAGUGAGAACCGAUGUUUUUACGAGGUGGAAGUUGCUGUCCUGCCUGAUGAAGUUUUCCGGCUGGUUAAGAUUAGGUUCCUGAUUGAGGAUAUAAAUGACAAUGCCCCUCUUUUUCCAUCGACGGUCAUUAAUAUCUCCAUCCCGGAGAACACAGCCAUCAAUUCCCGCUACUCUGUCCCAUCUGCUAUCGAUCCUGACAUUGGAGUGAACGGCAUUCAGCACUAUGAACUUCUUAAGCCCAAAACGGCUCCGAAAAGGACUUUUGGAUCCAUUACAAAUGAACAGGGUCAAAAUGUAUUUGGACUUGAUAUAAUUGAGACUCCUGAAGGGGACAAAUGGCCCCAGUUGAUAGUGCAGCAGAUCCUUGACAGAGAGCAAAAGGACACCUAUGUGAUGAAGAUUAAAGUGGAAGAUGGUGGAAACCCCCCACGAUCCAGCACCGCCAUCCUCCAAGUAACAGUCACUGAUGUGAAUGACAACCGCCCAGUGUUCAAGGAGAAUGAUAUUGAAGUCAGUGUCCCUGAAAAUGCCCCUGUGGGUACCUCUGUUUCUCAGCUUCAUGCCACUGAUGCCGACCUGGGGUCCAAUGCCCAGAUCCACUUCUACUUCAGCAGCCAGAUCUCCAACUUGGCCAAAAGGCUGUUUGCCAUCGAUAAUGCCACUGGUCUCAUCACCAUCAAGCAGCCAUUGGACCGGGAGGAAUCCCCGGUACACAAGUUAACAGUCCUAGCAAGUGACGGCAGCUCAACACCCUCAAGAGCAACGGUGACGGUGAAUGUCACUGACAUUAAUGAUAACAUUCCAUCAAUAGACACGAGGUACAUUAUCAAUCCAGUGAAUGGGACGGUGCUUUUAUCUGAGAAAGCACUACUCAAUACUAAAAUUGCACUGAUUACAGUAAUGGAUAAGGAUGCUGACCUUAACGGUAAAGUUACCUGCUUCACAGACCAUGAUGUACCAUUCAGAUUAAAGCCUGUGUUUGAUAACCAGUUUUUACUGGAGACAGCCACCUUCCUGGACUAUGAGGCUACCCGGGAAUAUGCUCUUAAAAUAGUGGCUUCUGAUUCAGGGAAACCACCCUUGAACCAGUCUGCAAUGCUCCUCAUAAAAAUCAAGGAUGAGAAUGACAAUGCCCCAGUCUUCACACAGCCUGUUAUUGGACUUUCUAUCCCAGAGAACAAUGCUCCUGGCACCCAGCUGACCAAGAUCAGUGCUACAGAUGCUGACAGUGGCCACAACGCUGAGAUCAGCUACAUGCUGGGCUUGGAUGCACCCCCUAUUUUCAACCUGGACCGACGCACCGGCAUUCUGACAGCAGUGAGAAAACUAGACAGGGAAAAGCAGGACAGGUAUUCGUUCACUGUACUGGCUAAAGAUAAUGGCACACCACCUUUGCAGACCAACGCUACAGUGACCGUUUCAGUCUUGGACCAAAAUGACAACAGCCCCGCUUUCACACACAAUGAAUAUAAUUUCUACGUGCCUGAAAAUCUACCCAUGUACGGCACCGUCGGGCUGAUCACUGUGACAGAUGCGGACUCUGGCGAGAACGCGGCAGUGACCUUGUCGAUAUUAAAUGGCAAGGAUAAUUUCAUUAUUGAUCCCCUCACUGGAGUCAUAAGGCCUAAUAUUACCUUUGACAGGGAGCAGCAAGGAUCUUAUACCUUUCAGGUGAAGGCUGUGGAUGGAGGAAGGCUACAACGAUCAUCAACAGCCAAGGUGACUAUCAAUGUGGUUGACGUGAAUGACAACAGGCCUGUAUUUGUCAUACCUUCAUCUAACUAUUCAUAUGACUUGGUCCCAAUGUCCACCAGCCCAGGCUCUGUAGUGACGAAGGUGUUUGCUGUUGACAAUGAUACAGGGAUGAAUGCAGAAUUGCGCUACAGCAUUAUAGGUGGGAAUUCAAGGGGAUUGUUUAUGAUUGACCAGUUAACAGGCAAUGUUACUUUGAAAGAAAAAGUUAUUUCAGCAGAUCAUGGGUUACACAGACUGGUUAUCAAAGUCAAUGAUUUAGGACAGCCGGAGUCACUGUAUACCAUAGCGUUGGUGCAUUUAUUUGUGAAUGAAACUGUCACCAAUGGAUCAUUUGUCCAAGAGUUAGUGCGCCGAAACAUGGAAACUCCAGUUGGACAAAAUGUUGGGGAUGGUGAGAUAACCCCACAGACGAAUGACUAUGUCAAGAUCAUUAUUGCCAUAAUUGCGGGCACCAUGACGGUCAUACUUGUCAUUUUUGUGACUGCUCUGGUGCGAUGCCGUCAAACGCCCAGGCACAAGGUUGUCCAGAAAAGCAAGCAAAGUGGCGAGUGGGUCUCUCCAAACCAAGAAAACCGUCAGAUCAAGAAGAAGAAGAAGAAGAAGAAGAAGCGUUCUCCAAAAAGCCUUCUUCUCAACUUUGUCACCAUUGAAGAAUCAAAGCCCGAUGAUCCUGGCCAUGAACACAUCAAUGGCACUUUGGACAUUCCUGUAGAGCUAGAAGAACAGACUAUGGGAAAAUAUAACUGGGCCACCACACCAACCACCUUUAAGCCCGACAGCCCAGAUUUAGCAAAGCACUACAAGUCUGCCUCCCCACAGCCCACUUUUCAAAUUAAACCUGAGACUCCUGUGCCUCCGAAGAAGCACCAUGUCAUUCAGGAACUGCCUCUGGAUAACACCUUUGUGGUGGGCUGUGAUUCACUUUCCAAGUGUUCCUCCAGUAGUUCGGACCCUUACAGUGUCUCUGAAUGCAGCUGUCAAGCAGGGUUCAAGACUCCAGGCUCUAUCCACACCAGACAGCAUUCAAAAGAAGUGGGAAGACCACAGACACCGCUAAAAGAGACAAGUCUAGAGUCGUGGACUCAGCCACAGUCACAGCGUCGAGUCACAUUUCACCUGCCAGAUGGGUCUCAGGAAAGCUGCAGUGACAGUGGGCUAGGAGACCAUGAACCCAGCAGCACCACCAGCACAUCACAUCCUUUACCACUUGGUUUUCCUCAAGAGGAGUACUACGAACAGACAUCACCCAACAGUCGGACAGAGGGAGAUGGCAAUUCAGAUCCAGAGUCCACUAUUGAGGUGAACCUCCAAAAGGCUCUCGCUGAAGCUUCCGAAACCUGCACACAGGAAUGUCUCAUCCUCGGCCAUUCCGACAAUUGCUGGAUGCCUCCUUCGUUGACACAGUUCCAGCAAUGCAACCCUCCUUUGCCAGCUUUUGGCUUUCAGCAAGGAUGGGGGCGAGGAGCCAUGCCAGAGGGAAGACACACCCUGGGCAGGCCCCUUCCCAAGGAUGAUACUGACAAAGGUCAAGGGGGGCCCAGGCCUCAGUUCUACAACACCUGUGAAAGACAUUGCACCAGCGAAGACCCAGUCAAAGUUAUUCCUCUUGCAAACUUCAUCCCUGCCCAGGCGACACCCGUGUCUGUGAGCAACGCCACUUUGAUCCAUGAGCACCAGCUAUAAAGAAAAGGCAUAUCUUGACAAAUUAAGCUAUUUCAGGCUUUAAAGUGUGAUUGUACAUAGUCACAGCUUAACACGAUUUUAAUCCACAUGCAAACCACGUCAGGUUUGUGAAUAUUUAUGUAUAUAGGAUUCAGAAUGGAAGCUGAAGGAUGGUAUCCUACAUAAUGGAUUGAAGGGAAAUUCAGCUUACUCAGUAA